UCUCAACGGCAUAGUAGCAGAAAGAAAGAUCGACGGUUCCACUCUCACAAAGAAAAAGCACUGCAAAAACAAAGAUGAGGUUCAACUUCGACUUGGCGGAACCGACCGAGGGCGAUUCUCGAAGGUCCUUAACACCUAAAGAAGAACUCCAGUGGGUCCCGCUUCAAAACCACCCGGUUUUUACCUCCGCCGACGGAGGGGAUGCUUCCACCACCGCCUCCGCAUCCUCUCGAGGUGUUAAGAAUCUUCUAGCUUGGGACGGAGCCUCAAGACUCUAUUAUUGGGACUCCAAUAAGCAAUGCCUCCAUCGAAUCUCCAUUCGCUUGGGCGAGCCCGCCCCUACCUCCGUUGUAGCUGUGUUUCCUUCUAAAGUGUUGCGAGCAGACAAGGAGCUGAACUUUGUGGUUAAUAAAAUAUCUAUUAGCAGGAAUGGAUCAGCUUUACUCCUAGCUGGUUCAGAUGAUCUUUGUGUCAUGUAUCUUUAUGGACAUUCUUCUACUAAAGACAACGCCAUCAUUUGCAGGACUGUUUCAAUUGGUUCACAAGUUUAUUCUAGUGAAAGCAUUGCAAUACGCAUCCUUCAAGUGUCAUGGCAUCCCUAUAGUGACACUCAUGUUGGAAUCCUUUCUUCUGAUUCAGUUUUCAGACUCUUUGAUUUAUCCUCUGAUUUGGUGCAACCGGAACAAGAGUAUUAUCUGCAGCCUGUUGAACCUGGUAGAUCUAGGAAUGCGGCAUCGAUCUGUCCUGUUGACUUUUCUUUCGGGGGUGACCACCUGUGGGAUAGGUUUAGUGUUUUUGUAUUAUUCAGCGAUGGAUCUGUUUACAUCCUCUGUCCAGUUGUUCCGUUUGGAAGUGUUUAUCAAUGGGAGUCAAUAUUGGAGAUAUAUAACGAUGCUCAUACUUUUGGACUGAACUCAGCCAAUUCGGCAGCUGUUUGUAAUUCUAAUAUGGCAAUCUCUUGGUUAGAAGCAACGUUUCCUGAGCUAGCUCAACAAACAGCAGAUGCUGAAAAUCCAUCUACCAUAAAAGCUCAUUCACAUGCUUUAUUUGACGCAUCACUUGCUCUGCAGGGUCCGUUACGUAAAGUAUGCCGUGCUGGGGAGGAUGAAGCUGUAGCAGUUAGGGGUGCCGAAUGUGAAGGCCGUGCAGUCAGUUUUCUCUAUAAUUUAGUCAGCAAAGACUCAAUUCUGGUGACUGCCUGGAGUGGUGGGCAAUUGCAAAUAGAUGCCCUAGCUGAUGAAAUCCAGCCAGUCUGGAUAACUGGUAGUGCACCUCGUCUUCGUGUUGACCCCCGUGAUUAUGUUCGUGGGAUUGCUAUGAUCUGUGAAUCAAUUGCUGCUGAGCAUUCUAUUGUGAAGCUUGAUCAACCACUUGAUAACACUGUUUGGUUGGGUCAUCCACCUCCGUUGUUGAGACUGGCAAUCGUGGAUUUGGCUUUGCCAAGGAAGACCGAAGGUGGUUCUCUUAUCACAAUGUUUCCAGAUCCGCUUAUGCCCGAAAGAAUAUAUUCUCUUCAUGAGGGAGGGGUAGACUCGAUAGUCUUGCAUUUUCUCCCUUUUACGUCUCAGAUCAAUGGGAAGGAUGAGAAUAUCAAAAUUCCCUCUGUGCAUCCUGUACUAAGUACAUGCCAGGGAGAAACAUCUUCACCUUCUCCUCUUUUUGGCUUUGCCUCACUAUCAGAUUCAUUCGGAUAUUCAUGGGUUGUGGUAGUCACUUCAACCGAAGAAUGUGUUGUGCUAGAGAUGAAAACUUGGGAUUUGUUGCUUCCAAUUCAAAUUGACCAAGAGAAGCCCGUUAGCUUGGAAGAGCAGAAAGAGAAAGAUACUCCAGAUAUCAUAAGCAAAGAACUCCUCAGUGGUCCAAAGUCAGUUCUGGUUCCUCAGGCCUCUCCUAAUCUGCGUUCUAUCUCUGCAGAUUCCAUCGAAGGUCGAUCUGCUCUUCAUCAGUACUUCAAGCUUUUCCAUGAAAAUUAUGUCGAGUAUGCACAUAAGGUCUACUUUGAGCUGAAACAUCAUGGACCUCAGCUAAAGAGGAUCAUAGAUGACCAGCACGCUCGUUUGAACGAGGCACAAGAGAAGAUGUUGAGAGUUGAGGCUAAACAGUCUAUGCUGGAUGAGAGGAUUGAUCGUGCAGUCCAGCGACACAGUUCCUUGGAACAGCGUCUGCAACGUCUCAGAAGACUGCCCGGGGCACACAAGAAACCGUUGUCUAGAGCAGAACGAGAAUUUAAGUCCGAACUCGAUCGAUUCACCGGAGUCGAACUGGAUGCUUUAAAAUCCUCUAUCGAUACAAUAAGAGCGAGACUUAGAAGGUAUACACAAUCUUCAAAAGACAGUGUAACAAACCAGCGAAGGAAAAUGCCCGGUAGGAACAAUGUGCAGGAUACUCGAAUCUCUCAACUGAAAUCAUCACUUGAGAAACUCUCCCUGCUCAAUAGCGAGAGUACGAAGAAGGUUGAACUCGUCGAAUCGGCAUUAAAGACCAGGGACAGCAGCUGAAAUAAAACACCAUUGAAAAGUUUUGUUUUUCAAGAAAGGUGAAGUUUUUCAGUCAUGGGAAAUUAAAUAUUUAUGUAUUACAAGAAUGAAACUUUGCACUCGCUAUACUGUAAUCUCUUUUUCCAACA